CAGGCUGUGAUGCUUCGUUGAUCCGGUGUAAAUCAUGUCAUCCAAUCAAGCUGUAGCUUCAAACCAUCCACCUUCUCCUCAGGAUGGAGCAAGCCAGCAAAGCCGUCCAACGAGCACAGGGAAGCAGCGCUCCAGGCCAGGACAUUCGAGUAGCAAAGGGAGAGACAGCACUGAUGGCACGGGGAGAUUGAAGGCAGAUCAGGGAUCGAACGAUGAUGAGAGUGAGGAAAGACACAGAUCGCACGGGAACAACGAUUCUUCAUCACAGGCAGGGACCGUGAAGCCGUCUCGACGGCUGCGGGAAGGGGAUCCCGAGUACUUGCACGAGAGUGAGGCGCUGCCUGGCAAGGAUGAUGCGGGGGGGAAGCCCCGAGCGUCCAAGGAGAGCUCGAAGAGAAGUGCUAGAUCUCCCGUUGAGAACUCCGUAGAAGACGACGUGCAGGGCAAGAAAUUGGAUUCGCUGCCAGCUUGUGACCCGUCGGUCUGCGCAUGGCUGACUGAGAUGGGCCUUCAGCAGUACAUCGGUCUGUUCGCAUCGCACCAUGUCUCGUCGGACCUACUCAGUGAGCUGAACAUGGAGGCGCUGGAGACCAUCGGGGUCAACUCGUGGGGUCACAGAUGCCUGAUGUUGAGAUCCCUGUCGAGCAGGAGGAAGGCCGCUGAGGAGAUGCCCAGCAUUGAGGAAGAUUCAGCGGCGAGACCAGGAGCGGGCAAGCAGAAACCCAAUGCCAAGGAAAGAUCAGGCGGCUUCGGCCUUGCGCUGACCGUCGCUGGAGCGCAAGCGGAUGGAGGAAACGCACAUGACAAUUUGAAGGAUGUCUACGAGCAGAUGGAAAACAUGAAGAUGCACUUCGAGGCGCAGAUGGAGCAGCUGAACCGCGAGCUCAUGGCGGCCAAGAACGAGCUGACGAGCAUGAAAGGCGUUCUCAACACGUCCAAUGCGCAGCCGGCGGGAAACGGCAAUGUACAGCAGAAGGGGGGCCGAAACCCCAAUGGGGAAGGAGAGACGAGCAGCCAUCGACGAGGAAACAACCCAGGGAAGACCAACAAGGGUCCUCGGAAAGAGCACGUCGACAACAUGAUGAGUGGUGAUGGAUACAACUACGCGCAGUCGCAGAUGUCGGGAGCCAUGUCCAACAACGCGAACUUCAUGCGGCAACUGGCACAGCAGAACAUGGCGUACGGGCAGCCGAUCUACACAGGAAUGAUGCCUAGCUCAGCUCAACAAUUCUUCUACGGCAACAUGGGCAUGCAGGUCGCGGGCUACGAGGGCUACGAUCCUCAGUACUACAUGCAAGCGAUGAUGCAGGCGCCGCAGCAGAACGUGCCGACCAUGGCGGUGGCGAUGGGAACGGAUGGGGGAUUCGACUCUGGACAUGUCGGGGCUGCGGCUGGAGGAGGCGGGCAAGCGACUGGUCACGGAGGGACGGAGGAAGCGAAGGAAGGAGAGAAGGCAGAGUAGGACUGAGAUGUACUUUAUGGAUGGGGACGGAGUUGCAGACAUGGAGAGGGAGUAGGAUGACAGGGGAAUGGGAGAUAACGAGGAGGAAGCAAACGGCCCUGCUGUUUUUCUUCACUUCUUCAUCAACUUCUCAAGCUCUUCUCUCGUGAUGAUGGUGACAGCACCAGGUACAUCCUUCGGCUUCCCCGUGCAGAGUCCUCGUACCUCCUUGGGAUGACCUUUGAGCAUGAACUUGCCAAGAUCCUCGAAGUCUGCUCCUCCUCCCUUCCCCUUUCCCUUCCUCUUUCCCUUCCCCACCUCCUUCCAAAGGGCACCAACGGGAAUGAAAUCCUUCACUGGCUC